AUGCAGCAACAGGACGAGGAGGCGCUUCUGUCUGGACUGGACGCUGGUCAGGCUGGUCUGCAGCAUCGCGACGCCCGAGCCGACUACAUCGUCGGCCUCGAGCUCGGCACCUCCGAGGCGGUCGCGUCCGAAUCUGGUGGAACU